AUGGAAUUUCCCGUCCGAGUUUUGGUUCUUUUUGCAUUGCUCGCCUUUCCGGCAUGCGUCCACGGUGCUAUCCGCAAGUAUACGUUUAAUGUGGUAACGAAGCAAGUGACGCGGCUUUGCUCCACGAAACAGAUUGUUACCGUUAACGGUAAAUUUCCGGGACCCACAAUCUACGCCAAUGAGGACGACACAGUUCUCGUUAACGUCGUUAAUAACGUCAAGUAUAACGUUUCUAUUCAUUGGCAUGGAAUUAGACAGCUAAGAACCGGUUGGGCCGAUGGACCAGCCUACAUAACCCAAUGCCCAAUUAAACCGGGUCACAGCUACGUUUAUAACUUCACGGUCACGGGUCAGCGUGGCACGCUCUGGUGGCACGCACAUAUUCUCUGGCUCCGAGCUACGGUUCAUGGUGCUAUCGUGAUUCUGCCUAAACCGGGUCUACCUUACCCGUUCCCUAAACCACACAGAGAAGAAGUCAUCAUACUAGGUGAAUGGUGGAAAUCCGAUACCGAAAUGGUUGCUAAUGAAGCUUUAAAAUCCGGUUUAGCACCUAAUAUCUCAGAUGCUCACGUCAUUAACGGUCAUCCCGGUCUCGUCCCAAACUGCCCAUCGCAAGGUGAUUUUAAAUUAGCGGUGGAAAGCGGGAAAACAUACAUGCUACGACUUAUAAACGCGGCAAUGAACGAAGAGCUCUUCUUCAAGAUCGCCGGCCACCGUUUCACCGUCGUGGAAGUUGACGCCGUAUACGUAAAGCCUUUCACCACCGACACGAUCUUAAUCGCCCCCGGUCAAACCACCACCGCCUUAGUCUCCGCCGUCCGUCCUUCAGGUCAAUACCUAAUCGCCGCCGCUCCUUUCCAAGACUCCGCCGUCGUCGCCGUAGACAAUCGCACCGCCACCGCAACCGUUCAUUACUCCGGCACACACUCUGCCGCACCCACCAAAACCACUUCGCCGCCGCCUCAGAACGCCACCUCCAUCGCAAACUCGUUCGUUAAUUCCCUCCGGAGUCUCAACUCAGUCACGUAUCCGGCUAAAGUUCCGAUCACCGUCGAUCACGAUCUACUAUUCACCGUCGGAUUAGGAAUCAAUCGCUGCCACAGUUGCAAAGUCGGAAACUUUUCACGUGUCGUCGCCGCCAUAAACAACAUUACAUUCAAGAUGCCAACAACGGCUCUGCUUCAAGCACAUUACUUCAACCUAACCGGAAUCUAUACGACCGAUUUUCCUGCUAAACCGAGACACAUUUUCGAUUUUACCGGAAAACCGCCUUCGAAUUUAGCAACCAUGAAGGCCACGAAGCUUUACAAGCUUCCGUACAAUUCGACAGUGCAGGUUGUCUUGCAGGAUACCGGAAAUGUUGCGCCGGAAAACCAUCCGAUCCAUCUCCAUGGAUUUAAUUUCUUUGUGGUUGGUCUUGGAACUGGGAACUUUAAUUCCAAGAAAGAUUCUAAGAACUUUAAUCUUGUUGAUCCGGUGGAGAGGAACACCGUCGGAGUACCUUCCGGUGGUUGGGCGGCGAUCAGAUUCCGAGCAGAUAAUCCAGGGGUUUGGUUUAUGCAUUGCCAUUUAGAGGUACACACAACAUGGGGACUAAAGAUGGCUUUCUUGGUGGAGAAUGGCAAAGGCCCAAACCAAUCAGUGCUUCCUCCUCCAAGCGACCUUCCCAAAUGUUGA